GCUCCCGCGUCCCCGCCGCGCCCCCAUGAGCUGCGGCCGCCGCUCCCGCGGAGCACGGCGACAGCGGGGCGGCCCUGCAUGGCCCCGGCUGCGGACAUGACCACCGCGCCCACCGGCGUCCGCAGCGACGACCCGCCCGCCUCCGCUUUCAGCAAGCCCGGCGGCGGCCUCCCCGUCGCGGCGGCGAUGGGCGGCGAGGAGGAGAGCGACAAACCCAAGGUGUCCCCUUCCCCGUUGCCCUUCAGCGUGGAAGCGCUCAUGGCCGACCGCAGGAAGCCGCCGGGCGGCAGAGACGGCCCCGAGGGCUCCGGCCCCACGCUGGGCUCCGCCCGAGCCAACCUCGGCUCUCUGACGACGGAAGCACCGACGUCGCCGCUGCCUCUCGGCGGCCACUUCCCGUCCGUCGGGGCGCUGGGCAAGCUGCCCGAGGACGCGCUGCUCAAGGCCGAGAGCCCCGAAAAGCCGGAGCGGAGCCCAUGGAUGCAGAGUCCCCGCUUCUCGCCGCCUCCGCCCAGGCGGCUGAGCCCCCCCGCCUGCACCCUGCGCAAGCACAAGACUAACAGGAAGCCCCGCACUCCCUUCACCACGGCCCAGCUGCUGGCCCUGGAGAGGAAAUUCCGCCAGAAGCAGUACCUGUCCAUCGCCGAGCGCGCCGAGUUCUCCAGCUCGCUCAGCCUCACUGAGACACAGGUGAAGAUUUGGUUCCAGAACCGCCGUGCCAAGGCCAAGCGGUUGCAGGAGGCCGAGCUGGAGAAGCUGAAGAUGGCAGCCAAACCCAUGCUCCCACCCGCCGCAUUCGGCAUCUCCUUCCCGCUUGGCGGCCCAGCAGUGGCUGGCGCAUCCCUCUAUGGAGCCUCCAGCCCCUUCCAGCGAGCGGGGCUGCCCGUGGCCCCUGUGGGACUGUAUACGGCGCACGUGGGAUAUAGUAUGUACCACCUUACAUAGGGCUGAGCUGCCCAUGCGGCCCCUGGCAGAGACUUCUCUGCUCCCCACAUCCAGACCUGCGGCCCUGGGAGCUGUUCUGUGCCCGGCAGGAAGGAAUCCCUAGUGUGGCCCCGCUGGCACCUGGGGAAGGAACUGUGGCAGAGAAAGGGCACAAAAGCAGCCCAGAAGGACAUUUCUGCAAGGCGAGGGGCAGGAGGCAGAGCUGCCUCUCCUGUCCCUGCAGUGCAGCUGUUACCUGUGGCCAUUCUUCCACCAGCUCCUGUGGAAGGGGCUCUCUCUGUGUACUAUGUAAUAUACUGUAUAUUUGAAAUUUUAUUAUCAUUUAUAUUAUAGCUAUAUUUGUUAAAUAAAUUAAUUUUAAGCUACUGUUUGCUUCAUGCACUUUCUUUGCUCCUUGCUCUUCUGGCAAUUACAUCAGACUGAAUGUGUGUGGGGGACAGGAGAUCAAACUGGCCCUGCCAGAGGUUAUUUCUCCUGCCUGAGAUCAGCACACACCUGGGG